UUGAGAUUGUUUCAGAGAGGAGGGACAUGAUGGGUGGAAAAAAACCCAACCCACCUCUGAUAUAGCAAAAAAGGCAGAGAACCCAGAUUAUUUAUUAGCUGGGCUGUUGACCAGCAAACUGGAAUGCUCAGGCGGUGAGGAACUGCUGAAGAGGCAGGAUGAAGGUGUUCCUUUCUGCAUUGCUGGCGGCUGCUUGGUAUGCUGAGUUUGCCCAAGCUUUGCAGUGUUACUCUUGCGAGCAGCCCACAACUGCUGAAAAAUGCAUGAAGGUGGCCAAUUGCACGCAGAAUGAGACCGUGUGCAAGACGACAAUGUACUCCCGCGAAGAAGUGUUUCCUUUCCUGGGCGAUGCAACUGUCACACGGUCUUGCUCCUCAAGUUGCAUUCCAUCUGAUGUGGACGGGAUUGGCUUGACACGCCCAGUUACCUGCUGCAACACUGAUCUCUGCAACAUCGAUGGUGCAGCCAGUAUGCAGAUCAGUUACAUCACAGUGGCAGCUUCGGCAGCUUCCUUCUUCAUCCUCCUCAGGACUGGACUGUGAUUUCAGAAGGCAGAUCUUGAGGGGGGUGGGAAAGCCCACUCGAUCAAGUCCCAGUUGGCCUAGCUCUCUCAGCUGGGACUCCCUUCCUUCCUAGAAAGAAGUGUUGAAAAGUGCAUCUUCUGCUAUCAUUACAGACUCCUGUUUUCCUCAAGCAAAGAAACCAGGGCCAAAAAUACUUGUGCUGAAAACCACUGCCUUGGACAUGUCCACACCAUACAUUUAAAACAUGUUUAAUGCACAAAGUGCCUGGCUUUCCCCAAACAAUCCUAGGAACUGUAGUUUAGCCUUCCCAGAGCUACAAUUCCCAACACUUUUAACAAACUCCAGUUCCCUGGAUUCUUUGGGGGAAGGCAUGUGCUCUAAAAUGUGCAUCAAAUGUGCUUUAAAUGCAUUGUGUGGAUGUGACCUCAUUCUGCUCAGAGCUUCAAAGAGAAUCAGAAACCUGAUCCUUUUGAUAUUUUGGUGGCACCCAUUUGUUCUUUGCUUCAUUUGAGCUCCGCUCAUUUUCACUGACUAUCUCAUUUAGUCUGUGGGUUCGUCUUGAAGAUCUCCUUUUAAGCACGCCUGAUCAGGGUUCCCAGUCAUGAGGUGGAUUCUAAGUGCAUUUAAUGGGGAAUUUUUAUAUACAUAAGGUAGGCAAAAUAUAUUCUUUUAGAAAUUAUAAGGAUCAUAAUUUUAUAAAGGAACAGCAGAAGUGAUCCUCUCCUUGGUACUGACACUUCUGCCUGUGACACGAAUGUGUCCAUGGUAACUGGUAUGCAUCGUAUGCUAGGUACAGCCUGGCUCAAGAAGAUAAGAUAAGGGGAACAGAACAUUGGUACUGAAAGUCUCUGUCCUCCCCAAAGCUAUGAGAGGAAUUCGUACUGGAAUGUAUUAGCUCAUAGCAGAAAUGUGCUGGUAUUAGAAUUGCUUAACAUUACCUGAUUGGCUAGAAAAUAAUGUAGACAGUGUAACCUCUAUGUAAUGCUUAUGUGUAACUCCAUGAUUGGGAAAUGCUAAUGUCUUUGUCCUGGAAAAUAUAUAAACCCCAGGCGAACAGUGCCAUGUUGCAGCGCUCCACCAAGCUCAAAGGGAGACUGACCGUGCGUACGCUCGUGACCAAUAAAGGCCUACC